GCAAGAUGGCUGCACGGGUUUGUGAAACUCCGGGCUGCAACAAGGAUGCCAGGCUACAGUGUCCCACUUGUAUUAAGCUAGACAUUAUAGGCUCAUACUUUUGCACUCAGGAAUGCUUUAAAAAAGGGUGGAAUGAUCACAAGCAGUUACACAAAAAAGCAAAAGAAAAAAACUUAUCUCAAAGUGUAUAUAAUCCAUGGCCUAAUUAUCGGUUUACUGGCCCACUCCGACCAUAUCAACAGAGUCCCAAGAGAAUAGUACCAGAUCAUAUCCCAAGGCCUGAUUAUGCAGAUCAGGCAGAAGGAAUACCAAUCUCAGAACGACAAAUGAAAGAGACUACUGGUAUUAAAGUCUUGAAUGAAGAAGAACAAGAAGGAAUGCGUUUAGCCUGCCGGCUUGGUAGGGAGGUGUUGGAUGUUGCUGCCAAGGCAAUACAAGUUGGAGUCACUACAGAUGAGAUAGAUCGAAUUGUGCAUGAGGCUUGUAUAGACCGUGAUUGUUAUCCAUCACCUCUUAAUUAUUAUGAAUUUCCCAAAUCUUGUUGUACGUCUGUUAAUGAAGUCAUCUGCCAUGGCAUCCCUGAUAUGAGACCACUUCAAGAUGGAGAUAUUUUGAACAUCGAUGUAACAGUGUAUCAUAAAGGUUAUCACGGAGACCUGAAUGAAACGUUUUUUGUUGGCCAGGUUAGUGAAGCCAGCAAAGAACUGGUAAAAACUACCUAUAAGUGCCUGGAAUUAGCUAUUAAUGAAGUGCGACCUAAUGUCCGUUACCGUGAAAUAGGUAACAUCAUCCAACAAAACGCUCAGGCUCAUGGAUUUUCUGUGGUUCGUGGUUAUUGUGGACAUGGCAUUCACCAGUUGUUCCAUACUUCACCAAGUGUACCUCACUAUGCUAAAAACAAAGCUAUAGGUGUGAUGAAGCCUGGCCACUGUUUCACCAUUGAACCCAUGAUUUCUGAAGGAAUAUGGAGGGAUGAAACUUGGCCUGAUGGUUGGACUGCUGUCACACUUGAUGGUAAAAGGUCAGCUCAGUUUGAACAUACGCUUCUUGUCACUGAGACUGGCUGUGAAGUGUUGACUAAACGACUAACAAAUGAUGGACAGCCGCAUUUUUUCGACCAGUUGUAGCAGGAGUGUUGUUGGACAAGCGGAGAAAUUUAUUGAUUUUUUUUUUUUUUUUUUUUUUUUUUUCCCCUCCACUUCUGUUCCUUCUUUUCUGCUUCAUUAGAGACUAUUACUACUACUACUAUUACUAUUAACAAUAAUAAUAAUAAUAAUACAAAGGAGGAAGAUGAAUAAAGUACUGUAAAAAUUAA